GGCCGGAAGUGAACUGGCGCCGCCAUGGCCUCUGGGGGGGAAGUGUCUGCGCUGGUCCUAGUGGCUAUUCUGUGGGGAGGGACAAACCCAUUUUUGAAGACCGGUACAGAGGGAAUGGAGAAGGUGAAGCAAAGGAACCGGGUGCUGCAGCUGCUUGCAGAGAUGAAAUUCCUGUGCCUCAAUUAUAAGUACAUGGUGCCAUUUCUGUUUAAUCAGUGUGGAUCAAUAAUCUACUAUCUCACAUUGGCAUCUACAGACCUGUCCCUGGCGGUGCCUCUCUGUAACUCUCUGGCUUUGAUAGUCACAGUCGUAACUGGGAAGAUUCUUGGGGAAGACAUUGGUGGUAAAAGAGCCGUGGUAGGAAUGCUGCUUACUAUCUUGGGAGUUGCUCUAUGUAUAGCUGGUUCUGUGAACAAGUGAGAAACACAGAGUGGAAGAAGAAAGAAUGUGCAGAAGGUAAUGCCAUUGUUUGGGGAUGGGUACCCCUGCCUCUCUGGACCCAAAUCAGCCACCAGCGGUGUGGUCUAGAACCAAGGCAACGUGGAAGGGUGAAUUUUGAUACCUAAAGAAGAAGAUUUCUGAAAACAGUUGUUGGAGUCUCUUUGCCUUUUCAAGGUUGAGGUCUUGUUCUUUUGGGGCACUAAGCCUCGAAUAUUUGGGGUUUGAGCCCCCAAUACUUUAUUUAGGUACAGAACCCUAUGCAAAAAAUUAGUGUCCUGAUCUUCCUCUGACCUCCCUUCUAGGUCUCCCAAAGUUCCACACUGCUGGAGCCCAUCGUGUAAUCUCCAUUUAUUGUACAUCCCCAUGAUGGAUAUGUUGACAUUCCCACCCACACAGUGAGGGAUUUGGAACCAGAGUUUACUAUGUAAAAAAAAAUGUAAACAACCAGGUUGCAGAGUUGAAGGGUCAUCUCAUCACUAGAUAGUACAUUUUAGAAUCUGAAAAAAAACUUCAUAUAUCAGGGGAAUAUUUGACACAGGACAGCAGAAAAUGGUUCACCAAGCUUAUUUACAGAGGAAGCUACCGCACUAAGACUCCCUCCUAUACUCUAAUUGCUACAUCACAGCAUUUCUAGAACACAAAGGCUGAAUAAACUAAAUGGUUCAUAUUUAUCUCCUUCAGUUUUUCCAGAAUGUCUUUUCUUCUGUGUGUGCCUCUUACUGUAAGCUCUUCAGAGCAGGGACUAUCCUUAACGUGUCUUGUUCAGCACUUACUGGAUAAUAAAUUUUAUUAGAGAAUAUUUAAAAAUAAACGGUACAAAAG